AUGCCCUCCACCACGGGGCACGCGUGGUGCAGCGAGGAGGGGUCGGGCAACCUGUCUGGAGGCAUGUUGAAGAAGAGUAGUGCGUCGCCCUUGAUGGGCUUCACUGAAGCCCUUGGCACAGUCAGGCCAGGAAUCAUCCCCUCCUGGAAGCACCAUCUCCCCUCCACCAACUCCCACACCUACUUCUCCCCCACGGACUUGUGCUCCCACACCUACUUCUUCCACACGGACUUGUGCUCCCACACCUACUUCUCCCCCACGGACUUGUGCUCCCACACCUACUUCUCCCACACGGACUUGUGCUCCCACACCUACUUCUCCCCCACGGACUUGUGCUCCCACACCUACUUCUCCCCCACGGACUUGUGCUCCCACACCUACUUCUCCCCCACGGACUUGUGCUCCCACACCUACUUCUCCCCCACGGACUUGUGCUCCCACACCUACUUCUCCCACACGGACUUGUGCUCCCACACCUACUUCUCCCCCACGGACUUGUGCUUCCACACCUACUUCUCCCCCACGGACUUGUGCUCCCACACCUACUUCUCCCCCACGGACUUGUGCUCCCACACCUACUUCUCCCACACGGACUUGUGCUCCCACACCUACUUCUCCCCCACGGACUUGUGCUCCCACACCUACUUCUCCCCCACGGACUUGUGCUCCCACACCUACUUCUCCCACACUGACUUGUGCUCCCACACCUACUUCUCCCCCGCGGACUUGUGCUUCCACACCUACUUCUCCCCCACGGACUUGUGCUCCCACACCUACUUCUCCCGCACGGACUUGUGCUCCCACACCUACUUCUCCCACACGAACUUGUGCUCCCACACCUACUUCUCCCCCACGGACUUGUGCUCCCACACCUACUUCUCCCCCACGGACUUGUGCUCCCACACCUACUUCUCCCACACUGACUUGUGCUCCCACACCUACUUCUCCCCCGCGGACUUGUGCUUCCUCACCUACUUCUCCCCCACGGACUUGUGCUCCCACACCUACUUCUCCCCCACGGACUUGUGCUCCCACACCUACUUCUCCCCCACGGACUUGUGCUCCCACACCUACUUCUCCCCCACGGACUUGUGCUCCCACACCUACUUCUCCCCCACGGACUUGUGCUCCCACACCUACUUCUCCCACACUGACUUGUGCUCCCACACCUACUUCUCCCCCGCGGACUUGUGCUUCCUCACCUACUUCUCCCCCACGGACUUGUGCUCCCACACCUACUUCUCCCCCACGGACUUGUGCUCCCACACCUACUUCUCCCCCACGGACUUGUGCUCCCACACCUACUUCUCCCCCACGGACUUGUGCUCCCACACCUACUUCUCCCCCACGGACUUGUGCUCCCACACCUACUUCUCCCACACUGACUUGUGCUCCCACACCUACUUCUCCCACACUGAGUUGAACUGCUUGGCAGGUACAUAUGAGUCACUGCAGAGAGAUGAGGUGCGGGCCUUCCACUUCUCCAUCCCCAUACCCAUCAUCAUCCUUUCCCCCCUACCCAGAGGUGGGCAUGGUGCAACCAAUGACCUCAUCACUCACCAGUCUCAUUGCUCUACCGUUUUGCUCCUCUGUACCCCACUGCCGUUGCUUCUCCCUUCCCCCAUUCCGAGUCUCGCGGCCAUUGCGGGAGUGGGUGAGUUAAGUGUCCCUCCUCUCCAGCGCUCAGCAGCCUCUCCAGCGCAUCCAGAGUCCCUGCUUGCAGCUAUCGUGGAAGUGGGUGAGGUCAUUGCCUCCUUCCCUUUUUAA